AUGAAUGUGACAAUCGGCAGUGGAGAUGAAGGUCCUCAUCGAUAUCGGAAGAAUAUGGUUUACAGAAGUUUACGUAAAUCUUCAAGUCAAAUUAUGACCAACAUAAAGAAGAAGCUUUCUGAUGCUGAGAAGUCUGUUCGAUAUCGUCGAGCGCUUCGUCCCUUGAAUGAAUCUCGCUCGCCAUCACCAAAUCAUGUUCAAGUGCGUGUAUUGACACCUUCACGUGCUUUACACGGCAGGAACAUCUACUCCACACCGAAAGCGGCUUCUAAAGUUUUUGCUGGUUAUGAAUUUGAUCAUGAUAGCAACUUAAUGCGCACUCCAAAUCAUGCACCAACUCCAGAUCUCUGCCGUAAGAAACCUACCAUGGCUGCUCGUCUACGAGAAAUAGCUCUCCGCCGGCCUUCGAAGAAAACAUCUCGAUCUGGAUCUCCUUUGGAAAGUCGCUUAGCCAAAGAACUGGCUCGUGCAAAAAUUAGGGAAAUUCAGUCACCAAGUAGACCGCUUUUGAGCCCUGGGGCUCGGGUCGCCGGUGCGGGAUUCAAGCGUUCUGUCUCUUUACCUUUGAGAAAAGGAUUACAUCGACUCAGGCUUUGA